UUUCUGAAUAUUGCCUUUACUGCUUAACUCACUGUUCUCAUUAUGACACCACUAAUGGCUAAUGAUUCAGAUAUGUGUUUAACGUUACCUCUGAGUGCAGAUGAUGAAUCUUUCUUCGCACUUCAGUCAGAACUGGAAGUAUUGGAGAAGCAGAUCCACGAUCUACUCGAGAGGCAAACACGUCUGCGAGAACGUAAAACGGCGAUGGAAACAUCCCGGGCUGACGCUCGCAAAGCUGCGAGCCCAGGCUUCAAGAUCACGACGAGCCGAAAUGAACUUCACUCCUGCACCUGCACACACACGGCGGAAGGCGAAAUCCAGGACCGGAGCGAUGACCUCUCCCCCACCGCCGCGACCGGUCUUCGAGAUUUCUACGAGAAAUCGCUUUGCCGCCCUCUGCGAGACGAAAUCCAACGCUGUGGUCAUCGGAGACUCAAUCGUCCGGAACGUACGCGCCUCCUUCAAUGAAGGUAAGGUGCGCACUCACUGUUUUCCUGGCGCCCGUGUUCUCGAUGUGUCUGCGCAGGUAACUGCGAUUCUGAAGGAGGAUGCAAGAGUAGGAGCCGUAGUUCUGCACGCGGGGGUGAAUGAUGUGAGAAUGCGGCAGUCGGAGAUCCUGAAGAGGGACUUCAGGAGUCUGGUCGAUACUGUUCGCAACGCAUCGCCCACGGCGAGGAUCAUCGUAUCAGGGCCGCUUCCAACUUACCGACGAGGGAACGAAAAGUUCAGUAGACUAUUUACGCUUAAUAAUUGGUUAAUGUCAUGGUGUAUUGAACAGAAGCUGCUCUUUGUAAAUAAUUUUGAUCUGUUCUGGGAGCGACCAAGGCUUUUCCGCCCCGACGGGCUGCACCCCAGCAGCAUUGGAGCGGAAAUUCUGUCUGACAACAUCUCAAAGACGCUACGCACCAUUUGACUAGUAAGUACAAAUUUUAACUACAGUCUGUGUUCUUCUCACCCAACUGUUAAGAAUGUUACUGCUUUCAAAUGCAUAGAGACUGUGUCUGUCCCCCGAAUAAUACAACCAAAUAAUAAUUUAUUUAAAAGUCAGAGAAAAAAUCUUAUCAUGAUUAAACCAAAAGACAAUAUAUUUAAUGAGCAAAACCAACGCCUAAAGUUUGGGCUACUUAAUAUU